GCUGCAGCCGCAUCCGCCGCUCGGGGACGCGCUCUUCUCCUCCUCCACCAGCGAUCUAGAGACGCUCACGAGGAACAGGAUGCUGCCGCUCAGCAGGCACAGGUGAGCUCUACCCCCUGGCGCCCGCCGCGCACUCCGCCUCCUCGCUGCAGCUGCAGCCGCAUCCGCCGCUCGGUGACGCGCUCUUCUCCUCCUCCACCAGCGAUCUAGAGACGCUCACGAGGAACAGGAUGCUGCCGCUCAGCAGGCACAGGUGAGCUCUACCCCUGGCGCCCGCCGCGCACUCCGCCUCCUCGCUGCAGCUGCAGCCCCAUCCGCCGCUCGGUGACGCGCUCUUCUCCUCCUCCACCAGCGAUCUAGAGACGCUCACGAGGAACAGGAUGCUGCCGCUCAGCAGGCACAGGUGAGCUCUACCCCCUGGCGCCCGCCGCGCACUCCGCCUCCUCGCUGCAGCUGCAGCCGCAUCCGCCGCUCGGGGACGCGCUCUUCUCCUCCUCCACCAGCGAUCUAGAGACGCUCACGAGGAACAGGAUGCUGCCGCUCAGCAGGCACAGGUGAGCUCUACCCCCUGGCGCCCGCCGCGCACUCCGCCUCCUCGCUGCAGCUGCAGCCCCAUCCGCCGCUCGGGGACGCGCUCUUCUCCUCCUCCACCAGCGAUCUAGAGACGCUCACGAGGAACAGGAUGCUGCCGCUCAGCAGGCACAGGUGAGCUCUACCCCCUGGCGCCCGCCGCGCACUCCGCCUCCUCGCUGCAGCUGCAGCCCCAUCCGCCGCUCGGGGACGCGCUCUUCUCCUCCUCCACCAGCGAUCUAGAGACGCUCACGAGGAACAGGAUGCUGCCGCUCAGCAGGCACAGGUGAGCUCUACCCCCUGGCGCCCGCCGCGCACUCCGCCUCCUCGCUGCAGCUGCAGCCGCAUCCGCCGCUCGGGGACGCGCUCUUCUCCUCCUCCACCAGCGAUCUAGAGACGCUCACGAGGAACAGGAUGCUGCCGCUCAGCAGGCACAGGUGAGCUCUACCCCCUGGCGCCCGCCGCGCACUCCGCCUCCUCGCUGCAGCUGCAGCCCCAUCCGCCGCUCGGGGACGCGCUCUUCUCCUCCUCCACCAGCGAUCUAGAGACGCUCACGAGGAACAGGAUGCUGCCGCUCAGCAGGCACAGGUGAGCUCUACCCCCUGGCGCCCGCCGCGCACUCCGCCUCCUCGCUGCAGCUGCAGCCCCAUCCGCCGCUCGGGGACGCGCUCUUCUCCUCCUCCACCAGCGAUCUAGAGACGCUCACGAGGAACAGGAUGCUGCCGCUCAGCAGGCACAGGUGAGCUCUACCCCUGGCGCCCGCCGCGCACUCCGCCUCCUCGCUGCAGCUGCAGCCCCAUCCGCCGCUCGGGGACGCGCUCUUCUCCUCCUCCACCAGCGAUCUAGAGACGCUCACGAGGAACAGGAUGCUGCCGCUCAGCAGGCACAGGUGAGCUCUACCCCCUGGCGCCCGCCGCGCACUCCGCCUCCUCGCUGCAGCUGCAGCCCCAUCCGCCGCUCGGGGACGCGCUCUUCUCCUCCUCCACCAGCGAUCUAGAGACGCUCACGAGGAACAGGAUGCUGCCGCUCAGCAGGCACAGGUGAGCUCUACCCCCUGGCGCCCGCCGCGCACUCCGCCUCCUCGCUGCAGCUGCAGCCCCAUCCGCCGCUCGGGGACGCGCUCUUCUCCUCCUCCACCAGCGAUCUAGAGACGCUCACGAGGAACAGGAUGCUGCCGCUCAGCAGGCACAGGUGAGCUCUACCCCCUGGCGCCCGCCGCGCACUCCGCCUCCUCGCUGCAGCUGCAGCCGCAUCCGCCGCUCGGUGACGCGCUCUUCUCCUCCUCCACCAGCGAUCUAGAGACGCUCACGAGGAACAGGAUGCUGCCGCUCAGCAGGCACAGAAACCGCGAGCACCUACACCUGAGCGACGAGGGCCUCGACGUGUCGCACCGGCCGCGCAACCUCGAGGUGGGCAGCGAGCGGCGCCAGAAGCGCAUCAAGAAGAUCGCGGAGCUGGAGAACUCGAGGCUGUUCCGAUACGGGGACUCUUUCGAAGACGUCGUGCAGGAGGUGGAAAAGGAGCCGGAAAAGAAGGAAAUUAAGAAAAUAGCGAGGAUACGGUGCGGGUUCUGCAAGAAGCGGCUCAGCAUCGCCACCGUGCACAAGUGUCGCUGUGGGGCCGAGUUUUGCGCUCCGCACCGAUAUGCUGAGGUACACGGCUGCCUGUACGACUACAAGGCCAACGCUCACGCGUACUUACAGCGCGCCAACCCGCUCGUGUCCGCGCCCAAACUGCCCAAGAUAUAGCACCACACACACAUACACACAAUCACGUAGUCACACUAUACACUCCGCUGUACUGCGUACCUAUACGGGUAACUUUUACUAUGAGUCCAAAUCAUGAGCUGUGUUGAUCGAUCCUAUAGGAGAAAAAGUCAGUUUCUUAUUUUUUUUGUUCACCGACUUGCGAUCCUAUAAGUAUCCUAUAAGAAAUCGUAACUCUGUCUGAACAAAAUGAGAUGUUUUUACACAACUGCCCCAAAAAUGGAGUGUAAUGUUUUUACAGAGUAGAAAAAGCAUAAAAAACUCACAUUUAGAAAAAAUGUAAAAAUGGAAUUUAAGAGAUUAAAAAUACGUAACUAAUCGUUUUAUUAAUUGAUAUAAUUUUAAUAACAAAACUACCGUGAGAUACUGACAUUAAACAUUUAUAACCCGGGUCACUCACAACAUCGGGAGCGAAACAUGUCGAGCGGUUUUCGACUAUUUUCACAUGAGUGACCCGGUUUAUAUAUGUUCAAUAUGAUUGAUAUAAUGCCAGAAUUAUCAGCUUUGUUAUUUCCCUUUUAAAAAACUAAAAUGGAAGUAAAUCUUACUAAUGUCAAACGAAUUUAAACCUUUUAUACAAAAUACUCCAUAAUAUCACAAUCUAUUGGAGUAGUCGUAAAUUUUCGUGUCACAUCAAUAUAAAACCUAACGGUCGCUAUCUUUUUAUUUCAAUUUUUUUAUACUUACUGCAAUAUUAACCUAACCUAACUACAUAAGGUUCAAAUUAUUUUAACAAGAUAAUCUUUCAGAGUUUAUAAUAUUAUGUUGUUUCCAAACAACCAGUUUUACUAUAUCGCUUGCAAUUAAUAAAUUAUUCCUAUGAAUUUACAAGUAAAUCUCAUACUUAUAGUAAGCGACAAAGGACACGUAUGAGGUAGGUUCUCCACAGCGGAUUGUACAGUGGACACUCAACAUGCCAAGUCGAUAGGCCUAUUGGUUUCAAUAGGUUCAUUGCCUAAAGACUAUUUCCUUGUAAUAAACUAUAAAAUUAUACAUAUUUUCAAUGAUAUGGCGUUGGUUAAAUUGAUAAUUACAUGUAUUGUGAUGAUAAAAAUGAGGCUUCUAUGUUUAGUGUGCUUUAAGACCAUUUUAUCAGAAAAUCCGUUGUAACUUCGGAUAAAAAGGACCUUAUUACACUUCUACAUAAGAAAACUUUAUUUAAUCUUAUGUAGAAGUGUAAUAAGAACUUUUGAAUCUUAGGUCACUCUAGAACCAUGUCUUUUUGACACCGUACUGUAUGUGUCACAGAAAACACUUCGACGUUCACUGUGAAAAGGUUCUACAGUGGAUAAUUGGUUGAUUGUAUCUGUUAUUGUCAUUUACAUAAGCCCUAUCGAUAUCCGUUCCUAUUUAAAUACGUUGCGUUCUAAGGAAAUAGUCUUUUAUAUUCCUUAUUAUCUGAGGCAAUUCACUGUAAUGUGUCUCUUCAUGCACUAUAAAUGACUUCUAUUUUUGUUACACCAAAAGGUAAAAUUGCCACAGAUAAUACAAAUUAAAAAUAUCGAUUUUAACCUGACGGCGAUCCAGAUAAUUAUAGAUAUUGAAUGUACAUAGCUAUCUCGACUAACCCCUUCUUUACACUAAUCUGGAUCGCAGUUGGCCAAAGAUCGGUAUAUCCAAAGAAUUAUUGAUAGUACAAGAGAAGGAAACUUAGAGAAAAUCAUAACUGCUAGUUUUACAGUUUAAUAAAUGACUUUUACUGUUUAAAAGUAAACAUUUUACAAUGAAGAGGCCACCUUAUUAGUCCUUUGCACAGAUAAAGAAUGUCAUACGUGAGAGCGAGAAGAUAUUUUUCUCUCUCACACACAUAUGAAUGAGUGACACACUUGCACAGGCGCCGCCUCGCGAUAUAAAAAUAAAUGUCAGUGUGCCUCCUCAUUAUAGUUUAUUACGGGUCGCAAUGCGCCAUUUAUGUCAGCUGUUAAACUGGAAAAAUGAUUUUAUCUUAGAAUUGUCUAUAGUCUGUAUCUUUAGGUAUUUCAAUAAAUGUAAACAAAAACUACCCUCAAAUGGCUCCUUAGGCACUAGUCCCACUGCGAGCUAGUAAGCUAUGAGCUAUCGGCUAUAAAAACGAACAAAAGAUAAGCAAGAGACACGGCGAUUUUGAUAGCUCACCGCUGGGCGAAUAACUAUAAACAUCGCCGUGUCUCUUUUAUUUGCACGGGAGUGCUUAUUUUUUGUUCGUUUUUAUAGCCGGUAGCUCAUAUCUUACUAGCUCGCGGUGGGACCAGUGCCUUAGGCCAGUUGAGGAUGAAUGAAAAGAUUACACGACCAAGGUUGAAAACAGGGCGCUCAACAACAGAUCUGACUGGUUUUGGAUUUAGUUGGUUAACCAAAAACUGAAACUACUCGAAAGAUUACAUAUUAUUUGUUUACAUUUUUAUUAAAUACCUAAAAGUACACAGUAUAGUCUUAUACCAUCAGUGAAUCUUUGAUUUAGACUAGGUUAUUGAUCCGUUAGUAAAAUGACUAAUAUGAAAACCCCAUAUAUUGACGGAUGGUUAAUUUACUGACCAGUCUACUUAAUAACAAUAAAAACGGGUAUACUACACAAAUAUGUAUAAAAUGAACCGUUUUUAUUGAUUGUGACUGAAACUCAACUCCUUUACUGAACUAAUUUUAUAAUCAAAACUGUUUGGGUCUUAAAACAGUAUUCAAUCAAUAAAACUUGAGUGUUUCAAUGUGUACGAAGUGUUAAGACUGGGCAUUCGUUUCUAGUUCCGUAAAGGGGUGAUGUGUAAAGGUGUUACCACAUUAACUGUAGAAAAAAAAAUAUGCUGCUAACACCUUUAAAACUUGAGUUAAUAAUCCAUACUUAUCGACUGAUUGACAAUUUCGCGAUGAAAAUCAUAAAAAUCGCUGUCUAAAUUGUCAAUAUUACCGCCACUUACUAUCGCUACUAACAUGUUAUUUCUUAGGCGGGAAACGACCAGCUAUAUUAAAUCUUGUCAUAGGGUUAUUGUUACACUGUGUCCCCAUCUGAGCGGGACAUCAGGUGGGGACGCACCUGAGUAUGUCUUUUUUGUCCACUUUUUUAUAUUUUUGAUAUAUUUUAUGUUAUUUCGACUCAGAAUCACUAGAUCAAUCUUAAUAGGUAAAAAAAUCCCAUACGAUUUUGUCUAUUGUGUUACCAUUUUCGAUAUCUUAGUUUGUAUGGGGUAACAAAGGAGAAAGUAGAAAAAUUAAAAUGUAUGUGGUAACAAAAGAAAGUAACAAAAUGGAAAUUCUGGAUUCUGGGACACUUAUUUUCUCCUAUUGAGAUAGAAAGUUCUCUUGAUUCUGAGUAGAAAUGAUCUAAAAUUCACCAAAAAUAUCAAAAAAUUGACAAAAAAACGCUCAGCUUAGUCAUACGUGCUUGUACUAAUGGAGUCAAACGAAUUGUGAUAAUAUGCUGACCUAAAUUAAGAAGAAAAUGUUGAAACUUCUGCCGCGUGUGUUUGUUUUUUUUAAUUAAAUAAUUGUAAAAAAAAUUGCAAAAAAAUGUUACUCUAAAAAUGUACCUUUUGCGUUUUGACCGUCGCAUAAUGUUUAAAUGAAAGAAUUUAAUUUUGCAAAUGUUUGUGCCAGAAUGAUGAUAAAAGUUUCAAUGAAUGAUAUGACACAUUUGUUCUAUGUUAUGUUAGGUGCUGGCAUCUCUAUUUUUUGUCGGUAUUCUGGUAAAUAAUGAUAAUUAAGUCCAUUUUUAGGUUCAGUGUUACAAAAUUGUACUAUACUUAAACGAGUGACUUGCUGUCAGUCUUAUAGAAACAAAAAAAACUUACUAAGGUGCAAAUCAGAAACUAUGUAAACACAGAUGUCGUGCAUAACUGUUUUCCAUCGUAUUUACUUGGAAAUGUUUGUAUUUGUCAUGCUAGUUCGGUCAAUGUCAGUUCUUGUACUAACUGAAAUAGCAUGACACGUUCGUAAGUUUCCUUGAAAAUAGGAAAAAAAACAUUACCUACCUACAUCUGUAACUCAAGUGCCACAUAUAAAAACAGAAUUUGUAGGCCUUAUUUCAAUAAUAUACAUAAGGGUUUUUAUUUCUUGCAUAUUCAACGAAGGUGCCUGUGACGGUCAAAACUCUAGAGGUAGUAUAUUUCGUGCUAGAUCUCGGUUUCUGUAAUUCAUGUAACAUAUGUUGUGUAACACUAGAUUAUUAUGCUUAUACAUGUUCAUUUCUCUAAUUCACAGUCAAGUAUUACAUGUAGAUGCGAAAAAUAUGUAUGCACAACUUUAACGUAUAAGAAAUAAAGUCGUUUAUACAUAUUUUUGUCACUUAUAUAUAUUUAAACUUGACUGUACUGCUAUAUUCACGUGGGUCGCGGUUUAUAUAAAAAUCAACCGUAUCAUUCUAACAUAUACGGUUCAUUUUGGUAUACUUAAGGCUCGAGAUUUGAGUCCAUGCUUCCAUCCCAAUUUUGACGUUAAACCAAAAAAUAGGAAUAUAUUUUUUGUAAUAAUAAUAUGAAUACUUUAUUUAAUGGCCUUCUAUUGAUAUAAUGAUAGUCAGGUUUGGUGUCAGACUUGGGAUGGACGCGAAUAGGUGCAUAUCGGUAUUGUUGGUGUCAAUGAUAUUGAACAUUUAAUGUGUUUAUAGGACCCGUUUGGGUGUGCCAGAUAAUUUGAUUUUUUUCUAGAUUAUUAUUAAGUUUAUAGAUAAUUUUUAUUUGGGUAAAUAAUUUUGGCUGAUUUCGAAAAUAAAUAUUUAUAAUGCGAAAGCGAAA